CCGGCGCCCACCCUGCACUCACUCGGGACCCCCUGCGCCCACACUGCAGUACCAAACCCAGGUGGAAGCGUCCCCUCGCUCAGCCAUCUGUGGUCCAUCACAGUUAAAGAUGGCAGUGGGUCCUCUGUAAAGCUGUCUAGCUGGCGUCACUUCAAUGGCUUCGGGUCUCGGGCAGACGGCUCUGGAGGGCCACGUCUUCCCUGCACCCUGGGCUGCGUUGGGGCUGUUCCUUCUGCUCUGCGGUCUCUGCAUGUUCUGCAAACGCCGGAAAAAGAGGAUACGGAAUGUCUGCUCCACCCGGGGACCUGUUGUGGACGUGUCUCUGCUCCGCCAGACGCAGCUCCGAUCCCUCAGCAAAUCCGACACCAAACUGCACGAGAUCCGGAGACCCGCCGUGGACCGCAGCCAGAUCAGACCACUCAGCAUGGACCCGGGGUACCCGUCCACAAUGUGGCAGCAGCUGCCAUGUUCUCCCCCGACAGAUGCCACGUACUCCCAGCUAUCCUACCCCCCGAACCAUCAACACUUAGCACUUUAUGAAAGCGUGGAGCUGUCCGAGGACGGCCCCCCCGAGCAUGCAGCGACCGAUGAGUAUGCCUGUGUACGGAAGAUCAAACGAUGUGGACCCCCGGCAUCCCAGGAGAAGACCCCUGUGCAUCCUGCCCCGGCUGAGCCAAGUACCGGGGGCAGUCCACAGCCACUCAGGACAGAAGCCGUUUACUCGAAAGUGCACAAGAAAAAGAGACCGGAGGGGGAGGGGAACAUGCAAGGGGCCCCCGAGAGCAGCCAGGGGCCAAUCCGCUGGGGGUUGGAGCUUCUGAGGGUCCCAGAGACGCAGCCCGAGGAAAGCCUGUAUGAAAAUAUCUGUGAGAUGAACAGCCGUGUCCCAAGGACUCGCAGCAAGGAGCUCGUCACAGAGUUAUGAGUCUUAUCGCCUUCUUACCCCCCGGCUGGGCGUGGAGGGGCCACAGGGGGCCGGUGCACGUGAGUGAGCCCCGGUGGGUCUGACGACAAGUAUCUGAGAUAUGAGUACAAUAAAACGUUUUAAUGU